GGAGAGCGAGAGACCGAGCGGGGAGACGCGAGGAGGAGGAGGAGGAAGGAGGGGGGGGGGAGCGCGGAAUGAGAAGCUCCGAGGGGGGAAGCUGCACAGCAAAGCCCAAGUUGCGGCGCGAGCGGAGCGCUCCCGCGGCCCAGAGCCGAGCGGCCGCGGCGCCCCGGAGCCCGGCCCGGCCCCGCCCGCUCGGGGCCCCAUCCGGCCGUGGCCGCCGGGCGGGGCGGGGACGCCCAACUUGGGGCGCGGCGCAGCCCCGCUCUCCCGAGAGCGCCGAGCCCGGGAGCGCCGCGGCCGCGGCCAGACGGCGGGAGCCGAGCGCGGCGAGCGGAGGUGGCUGGCGGCACCCGCGCCGCAGCCGCGACCUCGCCGUGAGCGCGAGUAUUUUUCAAACGACUCAAACUUUCCUCCUUCCCCCGCGUGCUGGGGUCCCUCUUGACUGGAACUGCUCUGCUGGCUCCCGCGGGGCGCCGGGGCGCGAUCUCCAGCCGGGGCUGCCCGGCUAACUUCGCGGACGCGGGGAUCCGCGGCGCUCGCCGCGGCCGAGCCCAGUGCACGCUGCUCCCCAGCUCGGGAGGGCCGAAGCCGGGGCUCCUGCGUCUCAGCGAAGGCGCCUAGCCCGGCCCCCGGGGUCCGGCCGCUGAGCCCCCAGCGCCCGCCGCAGGACUGGAGACCGCGGAUUGAACCGAGCGGAGCCCCGGCCUCGCGCCCCAGCUCCGCGGAGGGGCGUCCCCCGGGCGGGCGAGCGACAAGUUUGUCAGUCGCCGGUGGCCUGUGGGCUCGAAGCGCCUCCGCCUCCGCAGAGGGGUCCCCUGCGCCCGGCUCCGCGCGCGGACGGCCCCGGGAGCACGGGGCGGCUCGGCAGCCGGGCUCCUCGGGCCGGGGCGCUGGCUGCUGAACCUGGCGAGCCGAGGCACCGGGGGCCGGGCCAGCGCCCCCUGCGUCCCCACGCGGGCAGCGGCCCCGCCGGAGGAGAAACCCGGGUUGCUGCCACCGCCGCCCGCUCCAUCUCCUGCUCCCCGGCGCCGCCGCCCUCUCGGUCGCCCCUUGGGAAAGGAGGGGACUCGGGGGCAUCGCGGGGCCCCGGCGGAUGCGCCCCCCGCCGCCUUUCGGGCUGCGCCGCCUCGCGGGGAUGAAGCACCGGGCGUGAAGAUGGAGGUGACCUGCCUUCUACUCCUGGCGCUCAUCCCCUUUCACUGCCGCGGACAAGGCGUCUACGCUCCAGCCCAGGCGCAGAUCGUGCACGCAGGCCAGGCGUGUGUGGUGAAAGAGGACAACAUCAGUGAGCGUGUCUACACCAUCCGGGAGGGGGACACCCUCGUGCUGCAGUGCCUUGUCACCGGGCACCCUCGGCCCCAGGUGCGGUGGACCAAGACGGCGGGCAGCGCCUCGGACAAGUUCCAGGAGACCUCUGUGUUCAACGAGACGCUGCGCAUCGAGCGCAUCGCGCGCACGCAGGGCGGCCGCUACUACUGCAAAGCGGAGAACGGCGUGGGUGUGCCCGCCAUCAAGUCCAUCCGCGUGGACGUGCAGUAUCUGGAUGAGCCAGUGCUGACGGUGCAUCAGACGGUGAGCGAUGUUCGAGGCAACUUCUACCAAGAGAAGACGGUGUUCCUGCGCUGCACUGUCAACUCCAACCCACCUGCCCGCUUCAUCUGGAAGCGGGGCUCCGACACCCUGUCCCACAGCCAGGACAAUGGGGUGGACAUCUAUGAGCCCCUCUACACCCAGGGGGAGACCAAGGUCCUGAAGCUGAAGAACCUGCGGCCCCAGGACUACGCCAGCUAUACCUGCCAGGUGUCGGUGCGCAAUGUGUGCGGCAUCCCCGACAAGGCCAUCACCUUCCGGCUCACCAACACUACAGCACCGCCAGCCCUGAAGCUGUCUGUGAACGAAACUCUGGUGGUGAACCCCGGGGAGAAUGUGACGGUGCAGUGUCUGCUGACAGGCGGUGACCCCCUCCCCCAGCUGCAGUGGUCCCAUGGGCCAGGCCCGCUGCCCCUGGGUGCUUUGGCGCUGGGUGGCACCCUCAGCAUCCCUUCAGUGCAGGCCCGAGACUCUGGCUACUACAACUGCACAGCCACCAACAAUGUGGGCAACCCUGCCAAGAAGACCGUCAACCUGCUGGUGCGAUCCAUGAAGAACGCCACAUUCCAGAUCACCCCAGACGUGAUCAAAGAGAGCGAGAAUAUACAGCUGGGCCAGGACCUGAAGCUGUCAUGCCACGUGGAUGCAGUACCCCAGGAGAAGGUGACCUACCAGUGGUUCAAGAAUGGCAAGCCAGCACGCAUGUCCAAGAGGCUGCUGGUGACCCGAAAUGACCCCGAGUUGCCUGCUGUCACUAGCAGCCUGGAACUCAUUGACCUGCACUUCAGCGACUAUGGCACCUACCUGUGUGUGGCUUCCUUCCCAGGGGCACCUGUGCCCGACCUCAGCGUGGAGGUUAACAUCUCCUCCGAGACAGUGCCGCCCACCAUCAGCGUGCCCAAGGGCAGGGCAGUAGUGACUGUGCGCGAGGGCUCACCCACCGAGUUGCAGUGCGAGGUGCGGGGCAAGCCGCGGCCGCCUGUGCUGUGGUCCCGGGUGGAUAAGGAGGCUGCGCUGCUGCCCUCGGGGCUGCCCCUGGAAGAGACUCCCGACGGGAAGCUGCGGCUGGAGCGGGUGAGCCGCGACAUGAGUGGGACCUACCGCUGCCAGACCGCUCGCUACAAUGGCUUCAACGUCCGUUCCCGUGAGGCCCAGGUGCAGCUGAACGUGCAGUUCCCUCCGGAGGUGGAGCCUAGCUCUCAGGACGUGCGCCAGGCGCUGGGCCGGCCCGUGCUCCUGCGCUGCUCGCUGCUCCGAGGCAGCCCCCAGCGCAUCGCCUCGGCCGUGUGGCGCUUCAAAGGGCAGCUGCUGCCGCCGCCGCCCGCCAUCCCGGUUGCAGCCGAGGCCCCCGACCACUCCGAGCUGCGCCUCGACGCCGUCACCCGCGAGAGCAGCGGCAGUUACGAGUGCAGCGUCUCCAACGACGUGGGCUCCGCCGCCUGCCUCUUCCAGGUCUCGGCCAAAGCCUACAGCCCGGAGUUUUACUUCGACACCCCCAACCCCACCCGCAGCCACAAGCUGUCCAAGAACUACUCCUACGUGCUGCAGUGGACCCAGAGGGAGCCUGACGCUGUCGACCCUGUGCUCAACUACAGACUCAGUGUCCGCCAGUUGAAUCAGCACAAUGCCAUGGUGAAGGCCAUCCCAGUGCGGCGUGUGGAGAAAGGGCAGCUGCUGGAGUACAUUCUGACUGACCUCCGCGUGCCUCAUAGCUACGAGGUCCGCCUCACGCCCUACACUACCUUCGGGGCCGGGGACAUGGCCUCCCGAAUCAUCCACUAUACUGAGCCCAUCAACUCUCCCAACCUGUCAGACAACACCUGUCACUUUGAGGAUGAGAAGAUAUGUGGCUACACCCAAGAUCUGACAGACAACUUUGACUGGACGCGGCAGAAUGCCCUCACUCAGAACCCCAAGCGCUCCCCUAACACCGGGCCCCCCACUGACAUCAGCGGCACUCCUGAGGGCUACUACAUGUUCAUUGAGACAUCAAGACCGCGGGAGCUGGGGGACCGAGCCCGGUUGGUGAGCCCCCUGUACAAUGCCAGCGCCAAGUUCUACUGCGUCUCCUUCUUCUACCACAUGUAUGGAAAACACAUUGGCUCCCUCAACCUCCUGGUGCGGACCCGGAACAGAGGGGCCCUGGACACACACGCCUGGACCCUCAGCGGCAAUAAGGGCAACGUGUGGCAGCAGGCGCAUGUGCCCAUCAACCCCAGCGGGCCCUUCCAGAUUAUUUUUGAGGGGGUUCGAGGCUCUGGCUACCUAGGGGAUAUCGCGAUAGAUGACGUCACGCUGAAGAAGGGAGAGUGUCCCCGGAAGCAGAUGGAUCCCAAUAAAGUGGUGGUGAUGCCGGGCAGUGGAGCCCCCUGCCAGCCCCGCCUGCGGUUCUGGGGGCCCAUGGCCAUCUUCCUCCUGGCGUUGCAGAGAUGAUGAGAGCUGCGUGGCCCCUACCCCGCCCCCGGCACACCAAAGUGUCCGCAUCGUACCAAAGACUGACCCCCGCCAGCUGGGGUGCCCAGGGGCAGGGCUGGCCCACCAGGAGGGGGCUUGCAUUGGCUUCAAGGACAAGCAGAGGACAAGGACGGAGGCCCAGCACUAAGGCCCUGGGGACGGUCGUUCGACACACGCACACACUCACACACCCACACUCACACACACAGAGAUAUAUUAAAGCACAAGUUUCUAUCCAACCUGCCAGCACCUUCUUUACUGCGGAGACAGGGGACUUCGCCCAAUUGGCGUCUGCCACCCCAGGACCUUGACACGACCUAGGCCUUGUCCUGGCUGUACCUGUGGCGUGUUUCUGACCUUCCCCUGACCCCAAAGCCCAGUGGCUUUACCAGAAGGGAACCUAAAGAGAAGGAUACAUGGGGCCCUACCCUUGCUGAACUCGGGGACUCCCUGGGAUGAGGGCAGGCGGGACCAGGCAGGACUUUGUGAGUUCUUUGAACGUCCCAGUGUAGGGGACAGCAUGGGAGGUGAGACACCUGCUGCAUGCCCAGGGUGAGGGCCGGAAGGUAGAGACCCCAGGUCACCCGGACCCCCUAGGUUGUUUCUGGGAUGUCAUAUUCCCCUUCCCUCACUGUGUGCUCUUUGAAGGGACCCAACAUAGGGUCUUGAACCUGGGCAUUAUGAAGAUGGACACUUCUCACCAUCCUGGCCCACCCCACUGCACCCCACCCUGCAAACUGCUGGAUUGCUGAGACCACAGUCCCCUAGUCAGCUGGUAACUUCAGCUCUGAGCUGUGUCUCCAAGGAGCCAGAGACCAGCCUUCUUCUGGGGUGAGGCUUGACUUUGAGAAAGACAGAAGAGAAGUUCUGCCUUUGCAAUUUUGUAUCCUCAUCUCAGAUACUGAAUUUGGGAGUAGAAUGGAGCCUCCAUUUCUUAUAUACUUGGUUUGAAGGUGUUCCUGCAUAGGAAGCGGUGGGUAGGGACUGUCCUUGUCCCCCACUGCGAAGCAUGGUCUAGUUGAUGUUCUCUUCCCUGCCCAGGAUCAGUAUAGAAGGGGGGCAUUAUAGAGUUAGAGUGGGGAUAGGGUAGUUGGUCACAAUGUUCCCUGGGAGCUUUGCGAGGCCUCCCUGUCCUUGGGGCCUGGGGUAAGAGCCUGAGAUGGGUGUGACCUCUGUUCCUCAGUAUCACCCCUGAGCCCCAACCCAGCUGUCCAUGGGGGAGAGAAGGCCCAGCACUCUCCAGGGUGAGUCUUCCUGCGUGUGUGCAUGUGGCCCUGUGUCUGUGUGUUUGUGUGUGUCUGUGUGUGUGUCCAUCUGUGUCAGUGUGGUGCUGUGGGUGCAUCUCUGGGCGCAAGUGGGUGCAGAUAUGUGUCUGGGUGUGUGACUAUUCCCACGUGUCUGAGACCAGGCUGUGCACGAGCUCUGUGAGGGCCUGUGUACGUCAGCAUGCAUGUCAAUAUUCAUGAGUAACAUGAAUGUUUAUAGGGUGCUGGCCAAAUAGACUGCUCCCCGCCCUCCUCUCUGAUCUCAAGCCGCCUGCCACCACAUGAAUUUCUAUCUGUCAUCCCCUAUAGAUGACAAAGAGCUUACAGAUAACCCUUUUGAAAUGUAAGCACUUCAGUGUGGGGGUGUCCCGGCCUUCUCCUGAGCGUUUGGUGGAGACAGAUGCAGACACAGGGCAGCAGUGUGAUGCCAGGCAGGCAGGGAACCAAAGCAAAUGCUGCCCAUCUCGCUGCUCUGCCAGGUCUGUGUUAUCAUCAUCAACAGCUGCUGUGUGGCCGGGCCAGGGCUGGAGUGGGGCCUCCUGAAACCCGACCAGUGUGGCUACUUUCCCGGCCCAGGCAGGACCUCUGUCCGAAAUGUGUGAUCCCAGGUUUACAGAACAGCCUUCUGUUGUGCCUGCUGAGUAUUGUUCCCUAAUUGUCCCAUCUGUGCCGGGUCUGUUGCCCCAACUAGACUGUGAGCUCCUCCUCUGAGCCUUCCAACCCUCUCCCCACCCUCCCCAACCUUGUGCCCAGCACAAGUGGGCAUGUUAUGGAAAUCACUCAGCAGGCUUGGCCCAGCGGAAUGAGUUCUAGAAAUCCAUGGUUCCCAGACCUGGCUGUGGAACAGGACCACCAGAGGGUCUUUUAGAAAGCACCAAUGCUGGGGCUCCACCCAGAGUUCCUGAUUUAAUUGGACUAGAAUCAAUCUGGCAACAGAAAUGUUUAAAAGCAUCAGGAAAACCUGAGAUGGGAACACUGGCCUCUCAACCUGUGGGGCUUCCUCUGCGGCCUGUCAUGUGACUUCUGCAUGACUGGACAGCCGGACACAGAGCCCUGUGCCUCCUUUCCUCAAAUGGCCUAUGAAUGUACCCAGAGCCCUGGCUGCUCCAUGAUGGGAAAUGUCUCCCCUGUUCUCCUCCACAUCUUUGGUGUAUGUUGCUGAGAUGAACAGCAUACACGUGGCCCCCGAGUUGUUCAUCUGUUUGGAGAAGGGGGCAUAGUCACAUGGGCAGAGAGUGCAAAGUGAUGGUGAGACUGACUCGAGGGUGGAGCGGUCUGGAUUCACAGUGGCCCGAUGAGAUGCUGAGUCCCAGGUCCUCGUGCGUGUGUGUGUGUGUGUAUGUGUGUGUGUGCAUGCGCACAUGCACAUCAGCGGGUUUGUAGGCAAUAUGGGUGUCGAUGUGUGUAAGCACUCAGUGUGUGAUGUGUGUGCCUGGAACUGUGCCACUCUGUGGGACUGAGUGAGUGUCUCUGGUGACGUAUGAGCCAUCGUUUGUGUAUCAGUGAGUCAGCACCUUGGUGCCAGUGUCGCCUGUGCUGGGUGUCUCUGUGCCAGCGCAUGUCAGCGCCUGUGUGUUGGUAGGUGGCCUAUGAAGAGCCCAGUCCGGGGAGACAAGACUGGCUGGAUCCAGUGCAUCUCCCCGGUGGCAAUCUUCCCCCUGUGUCAGGGUGGCUGAGGCAUUUUGUGGCCUUAAAAUGAGGAAUCCAGGGUCACCCUUCAGUGUCCCUUCACUCUGACCCCCUCCAGGUUGGUUUCUGGAGGAGAAGAAACUCCUGGGGCCAGGUAUGUACAGGUAGGAGGAGAGUCUUGUCUUAACUGUCCUUCCUUGGGACCUGGAGGUGCAGGGCUGUCAGCAGACCAAGCUCCUCCUUCUGGGCCCUCCUCACCUCUCUGGGAUGGCCCUGGCUCCUCUUUCCAUUUUACUUCCCUUUCUCCCUGUGAAAGCCCCUGUCUCGGCUGUGAGUGUGGCGUGGGCCCCAGAGGUCCAGACUCUCAUGAUGUGAUAGGAAAAGUGAAGCCACGAGAGGGCAAGGGACUGACUCAAGGUCACACAAAUGGAACCAGCCUUGGAAGCCAGAGCUUAUAGCCUUAGGGGUGUCACACCACUGAGCAGAGCCCCUGAGGUCUCCUGCCACAGGCCUGCUCAGACUACCCUGUUGAUGGUACAGAUGUUGGACACCUGCCCUGGGCUUGGCACCAUCUCCUUGCCUCAAAUCCUGGAUUCUCAUCCCAGGUCAUUUCUGGGUGCCACCUGAAGGCUGCCUGUUCCUGCCCUAUGCCCACACUGGCUGUAGCCGCUGCCUCCCGCCCUGGGCUCCCUGACAGAAGGGACUCUGUGUCCCCUACCCUCCCAUCCCCUCUGUCUCACAGAAGCCUGGGCUGGGAAUGAAGGUGUCCUGGUGUCCUCAUCCUGUUGACACCCCCCUAAGGAUCAGGAGGGCCUGACGGAGGAGGGCUAAUCCUUGUGUUUUCUUCUUGGACAGCCCAGGUGGGGGGCAGCGUUCCCAAGGUCUGUCCCCAGGGAAAGGGGUGGGUGAACCUGCUCUGAAGAGUCCCCGUGGGACCACUGCUUGAGGUUCUGGAUCCCAGGGAGCCAUCCCCAUUUUCAAAGGCUGGAUAGCAUCCCUCUCUGUUGAGUCAGUAUGUGUGAGGGUGUGUGUGUGAGGGUUUGUAUAUGCAUGAGGGUGUGUGUGUAUGCAUGAGGGGGUGUGUGUGUAUCUGUGAGGGUGUGUGUGUGAGGGUGUGUGCUGGAGCAGAAGGACCACUCUUUCCGGAGAAUCCCCGGACCCUUAGAGCUGGAUGGGACCUUAGAGACCAUCUAGCCCAGUGCCCCCGCUGCACAGGUGAGAAAGCUGAGGUCCAGAGAGACAACACGUGCCCAUGGCCACCCUGUCUCCCUCGUGUCACCUGCGUUCAUUUCCCAGGGGUCCUACUGGGAAGACCCUUUGCCAUUAGCCACCCACAUAAUCACCAUCUCAGCCCAGGUCUGCUGGCCCCUCUGCCCCAGUGGUCUCCAAGCACCGUUCCUGCCCCCCCGGUGGUCAGCUCACCAAGGCCUUUACCUCCAACCCAGGGGAAGGGGUAGGGAAGGAGGGGACUGUUCCAGCCCUGAGGCCUCAAUGACUUGGGAGAAAAGCCAGCCCUUCCUGCCCAGGUCCACCCCACCACCAAGGUAAAAGCACAACAGGAGACCCUCAUUAACGGGUGAAAGGUAUUGGGGUUGUUUUAAUUACACAACCCUGCCCUCACCCCUUUGCCUUGUUCUCUGUCUCCACCCCAGUCUCUAUCCCCUCUUUGUCCCUCUUUCACCUCACCCCCAAAUGUAACCUCUAGUUGCGGACGCGGUUGUUUCAAUCAAUAAAGCUGCAGUGUUCUAGCAUUCUGGGUCAGGCUGUGUGUGUUGGGGGCAGAUAGGCCAGGGAUGAGCAGGGAGGGCAGGCCAGACUG